AUGAGCCCAGCGAGGAAAAAAACAGGUGGGAAUUCUGUGAAUAAAAUGGACAGAAAGACCAUCGAAAAGAACAGAAGAAUUGUGAUGAAAGAUCUGUGUUCCAAGCUUACUUCUCUCAUUCCUACUCAGCACUUCAAACCAGCCAAGGAAUUUUUAUCGCAACAAGAUUUGUUCGACCAGGCUGCAAGUUUCAUUAAGCAACUUAAAGAAAGAAUAGAAGAAUUAAAGAGUAGAAAGAGAGAACUAUCUUUGAGAACUGCUGGUGAAACUAACAAUAGUAUUAAAAACUCAAUAAUGCAUGGAGUAAAUUUGCCAAUUUUGAGGUUUAGAGACUUGGGUAGUAGCUUUGAAGUUGUUUUAAUAAGUGGGCACAAGAAGAAUUUCAUGUUGUAUAAAGUUAUUAACAUACUUGAAGAAGGAGGAGCUGAAGUCGUCACCGCUAGUCUUUCUAAUAUUGGCAUCAACAUUUUUCUCAUCCUUCACGCUAAGCUGGCAUAUAGCACUGACAAGGCCCAUGUGGCCCUGGCAGAAUAG